AUGCCAGCGAACGGCUUACCCACACACACGCACGCUUUGGCACGCGCGUUGCAGGUUUCGGCGAUGCGCGUCUCCGCGAUAAAGGAGGAGCUCGACGAACGAGGGGUCGGGUACAGAGGGCUCUUCGAUAAGUCGGAGUUCGUGGACCUCCUGGUCGACGCUAGGGCCGAGGGGAUCACCGCACCUCCGCUAUCAUCGUCCGGCGACACCGAUGGUGGUGCUGGGAGCGGAGGGGGGGCAUCCGCCCAGGCACAAGACAAGGCCGACGCCGCCUACAAGGACGUCGAGGGUGUGCAAAGGGACCAGGGGGCGUUUGCCUUUGAAGAGAGUGAAUGGAGCCUCUUGUUGGACGUCGCCCCUCUCAUUGUGCUGAUGACACUCGACACUUUUUGCGUCCUCGAUGACACUUGA